CCCUGACCCUGUGUGCGGUUUGUUUUGGUCCGGUUUGUCUCGGUUCGUCUCGGUUCGUCUCGGUUUGUGUGGGACAUGUCGGCGGCGGAGGACGACACGGAGCUGCGGGACCUGCUGCUCCAGAACCUGGAGAACAGCGGCGUGCUGAGCCGCCUCAAGGCACAGAUGAGGGCGGCCGUGUUUCUGGCGAUGGAGGAGCAAGGAUCGAGUCGAGGUUUGACUCACGACAACUUUACAACUUUACAACUCAAUUUAUAUUAUUCACAAUAAAAGUCUGUGCUCUUUCACAAUAAAAGUGUGUGCUCUUUCAGAAUAAAGCUCCUCUGGUGAACGAGAACCUGAAGAACUGUCUGAACACCAGAGACGGUCGUGUGGUGGCGUCUCUGGUUCUGGAUUUCCUGCAGGUCUUUGACUUGGACUUCAGUCUGUCGGUGUUUGAGCCUGAGAUCAGCGCCAAGCAGCUGGAGUCCAGAGAGUUCCUGUGCAAAGACCUGGACCUAAACCCAAACUCGAAGAGUCCGGUUCUACUAGAACUGGUCCAGAGACACCGCCAGGACCAGACCAAAGACCGGCCCAAGGACCAGCCCAAAGACCGGACCCAGGAGCAGAACAAAGACCAGGGCCCAUCAGAAAAACAGCUGGAGUGGGUUCGACGCAGAUUUGACUCCUACGACCGAGACGACUCCGGCUCCAUAAACAAAGACGACGUCAAACAGGUUUUCUACGACCUGUUUCCCAAAAUGAACAGACAUGUUCUGGAGCAGUUUGUCCUGGAGGAACUCAGAGACAGAGCUGUGAGCACAGAGUGCACGUGGGAGACUCUUCUGCUCUUGUAUCGGGGUUUGUUUUCCUUCAGUUCAUCUGUGGUGGAGGCGUGUGGACAGGAUCAAGACUUGGAGAAACCCUCUGCUCCACACACUCUGGGCUCUGAGGUCAAAGGGGACUCGGGUCUGGACCCUGGUCUGACCCGGGACUCUGGUCUGACCCGGGACUCUGGUCUGACCCGGGACUCUGGUCUGAAGAAGGAGCUCGGUGUAAACCCAGAACCUCCGAGGGACCUGGACCUGGACGACGUCGACGACGGAGACUCGUUUUUCGACGAUCCUCUGCCCGCGCCUCAGAAAACCUACGGCUGCUCUGAAGAUUCUGGUCCUGUUCUGGUUUUGAGGCGGGACAAGAGUUUGAGCGAUCUGUCUGUUCUCGGGGCUCCUGCAGAUGACGUCAGGAAACCCGAGAGUCCGGUCCCGUCUCUGUCUCUGGGACGAAGCAGCUCCUCAGAACCAAGUCGCACAGGAGUGUCAAAAGUAAAAGGACCAAAGGACUCCAGGCCUCUGAGCGACAGAAGUGGAUCUCGUUUAGAUGAAGAUGUGGAGUAUGACGACGAUUUUAACAGUGAGCUGAGCAUUGGGGAGGAGAUUGAGGAAGUUUCCAUCGAGGGACCAGAGCCCAGUGACAAGUUUGAUGAGACGACACAGGACCUGAGUGUGUCUCAGCUCAGUCACACAGCAGACUACAUGGAGGACGUCCCAUAGACCACCUCUGGACCGCCUCUGGACCGGGUCUGGACCGGGUUUGGGCCGCCUCUGGACCGGGUCUGGACGGU